UUGCCUUCUUCAACUCCCUUCUCUCCUUCUCUCUCUCUUGCCUUCUUCAACUCCCUUCUCCCCUGGCAUCCCACCCAACCAGAACUACCUGCUGAAGACAGUAAGUUAUCAACAGCCACAGAAUCCAUAUAAAACCUCUAAUUUUACCCACACAUUCUGUUUCCUUCCCUCUAACACAACAUACCUGUUGUGUAUAGUGGUGUUUCCUGAGAAACACCAUGUAAUGGAGCAUGUGGUAAAGUUAGUUUGUCUUGUCCCUAGUCGCUCUGAGAAACACCAUGUAAUGGAGCAUGUGGUAAAGUUAUCCCUAGUCGCUGUCCCCCAUGCAUGGCAUUUCCUGGCUACAUGUACACUGCCACAGUUGGAAUGCAGCUGUCAUAUCACACACCCUGACUCCCUCACUUCACAGAAAAGUCGGUGUUCAAAUUGUUUCUGGAGCAAUUCAAUGAUCUCUUGCCGCAGAUCCUUUUGGCAGCUGCCUUCAUUUCGUUUGUGAGUCUGUGCGCUAGUUAGUGUUGUGUACCGUGUCCUAUUACAUCAUUACGUUGGCCCGGGCUGUGUUCCGUUCCCAGGUCCUGGCAUGGUUCGAGGACGCAGAAGGCAUGACCACUGCCUUUGUAGAGCCGUUUGUCAUACUGUUGAUCCUAGUGGCAAAUGCAGCGGUCGGAGUUUGGCAGGAACAAAGUGCUGAGUCAGCAAUAGAAGCACUGAAGGAAUAUGAGCCAGAGAUGGCUAAAGUUGUCCGGCAGGGAAAUGGGGGUGUGACCUCCAUCCGAGCUCGAGAAUUGGUACCUGGCGAUGUAGUAGAAGUCUCGGUUGGCGACAAGAUCCCGGGAGACGUGCGACUGAUAAAGAUCUGUUCCACCACCCUGAAGGUGGACCAGAGUAUUCUGACUGGGGAGAGUGUCAGCAUAAUCAAACACACUGACGCCAUUCCUGACGAGAAGGCUGUCAACCAGGACAAGAAGAAUAUUCUCUUUUCUGGUACCAACGUGGCGUCAGGGAAGGCAAGAGGAGUUGUGGUCGGCACGGGGACACUGACAGAGAUCGGGAAGAUCAGAGACACCCUAGUGAACAACGAGGAGGAGCGAACUCCUCUUCAGCAGAAACUGGAUGAAUUUGGAGAGCAGCUAUCCAAGGCGAUAUCUGUCAUCUGCAUCAUAGUGUGGGUCAUCAACAUUAACCACUUUAGCGAUCCUGUGCAUGGCGGCUCCUGGUUCAAGGGAGCCAUCUACUAUUUCAAGAUUGCCGUGGCUCUAGCUGUGGCUGCCAUCCCAGAAGGCCUGCCUGCUGUCAUCACCACCUGCUUGGCUCUCGGAACACGAAGGAUGGCGAAAAAGAAUGCGAUUGUGCGGAGUUUGCCCUCAGUGGAGACACUGGGCUGUACGUCUGUCAUCUGUUCCGACAAAACCGGCACUCUCACUACCAACAUGAUGUCCGUCAGCAGAUUCUUUGUAGUGAAGGAAGUAUCAGAGAACAAGGCUUCAUUCCACGAAUUCGAGGCUUCAGGCUCGACUUACAAGCCAGAGGGACAAAUAACACUGGGUGGUGGGGCAGUAUCGGGACAGGAUUACGCUACGUGUCUCACUGAGCUGGUCAACGUAUGUGUUCUCUGUAAUGACUCUGGAUUGGCCUACAAUGAGGAGAAAGGAGUGUAUGAGAAGGUAGGGGAGGCGACCGAGGUGGCUCUGAAGGUUCUGGCAGAGAAACUGAACGUCCAGGCAGUCGAGAAGGCCAGUCUCUCUCCCUCGCAGAAAGCCACAGCUUGCCUCAAGGCCAUCGAAACCAAAUAUGAGAAGGAGUUUACUCUGGAGUUCUCUCGUGACCGCAAGUCCAUGAGUGUCUACUGUCGUCCUACCUCUGGUGACUCGUCCUCUCCAGUCAUGUUUGUCAAGGGAGCUCCAGAAGGAAUCCUUGACCGAUGCUCUCACUUCCGUGUCAACGGCCAGGAGCGCCAGCCGCUGACUCCAGAGAUCAAGGCCCAGAUUCUCGAUGUUGUCCGGCGAUACGGCACAGGUCAAGACACGCUGCGUUGCCUGGCGAUGGCAACAGUGGAGCAACCAGGCCGUCCCGAGGAAAUGAACCUCGAAGAUGCCAAAAACUUCGUCCAAUACGAGAGUGACAUGACAUUUGUGGGUGUGGUUGGAAUGUUGGACCCACCCCGGGUGGAGGUUCGUCAGUCCAUUGAGGAAUGUUGGUCGGCAGGGAUACGAGUGAUUGUAAUCACGGGAGACAACAAGGAGACGGCUGAGGCCAUCUGUCGCAGGAUCGGGGUGUUUGCUCCUGAUGAGGACUGUACUGGUCUGUCUUUCUCAGGGAGAGAGUUUGACGCAAUGAAUGGCUCCCAACAGAGGGAAGCCUGCCUCAAAGCCCGUCUCUUCUCUCGUGUGGAACCUGCACACAAGUGCAAGAUUGUCGACUACCUCCAGAAAGAGGGCGAAGUUCUGGCCAUGACUGGAGAUGGUGUAAACGAUGCACCAGCUCUGAAGAAAGCUGAAAUUGGAAUUGCCAUGGGGUCAGGGACAGCCGUCGCCAAAAGUGCUUCCGAAAUGGUGCUGGCAGACGAUAAUUUCUCAACCAUUGUGUCGGCAGUAGAGGAAGGACGCGCCAUCUACAACAACACAAAGCAGUUCAUUCGUUACCUCAUUUCCUCAAACAUCGGGGAAGUCGUCAGUAUAUUCCUGACGGCAGCGCUGGGUCUGCCAGAGGCGCUCAUCCCGGUCCAGCUGCUGUGGGUGAACCUGGUCACGGACGGCCUGCCUGCCACUGCUCUGGGCUUCAACCCUCCGGAGGUCGACAUCAUGAAGAAGCCACCUCGCUCUGCCAAGGACCCUCUCAUCUCCCGCUGGCUCUUCAUCCGCUACCUCGUUAUCGGGGUCUAUGUAGGCGUGGCCACCGUCGCCGCGGCAACUUGGUGGUUUACCGUAUACGGUGGUGGUCCUCAAGUCUCGUUCUACCAGCUGGUAAGGGAGUGUGUUUGGUGAGGGAGUGUGUUUGGUGAGGGUGUGUGUUUGGUGAGGGAGACAAGUUGUUUGUUUGUGCUUAUGAUGACACCAGAUUCUGAUAUUUUCUGAUGAAAUUUCUGGAAUUCCUCGUUACUGAAGCUGAGGCAAACCAAAACCUCUCAGUUGACACUCACCACCUCCCACCUGUGGUCUAGUAUUUCAUGUUGUGUUUCUCUCCUCUCACUCUUCCAGAGACACCAUCUCCAGUGCACCAGUGAGAACCCAGAUUUCGCUGACGUCAGCAGCUGCAAGAUCUUCUCCGACCUCCACCCCAUGACCAUGGCUCUCUCAGUCCUCGUUACCAUAGAGAUGCUCAAUGCUCUCAACAGUCUGAGUGAGAACCAGAGUCUGCUGGUGAUGGGCCCCUUCACGAAUGGCUGGCUCCUGGGAGCCAUUGCUCUCUCAAUGGCUCAGCAUAUUAUCAUCCUCUACACCCCGGUUCUUGCUGGGGUGUUCCAAAUAACGCCCCUCAACCUCACUGAGUGGUUUGCAGUGCUGUGUUUCUCGGUACCUGUCAUCUUCCUCGACGAACUCCUCAAGUACUUCUCUCGCUCGCUAGGAACUGUGAAGACCAAAACAGACUAAUCAUUGCCACACCUCCAUCCUGCAACCACUACUAGCUAAUGUUAUUACCUGACCUCUCCUAGUUAUUACCUCAUUGAAUGCAGCAGCCACGCCUCCCGAUGCCCUGUACCUACGGCAACGACUGCCUUUACUCUAUUUAUCGCCCACCACACUAGAUAUUCAGAUACAGGGCUUAGUUUUAGGUUUUUACCACUUUGCGUAACGUAUUAUUACUGCUGGGCUUAUUAAUUUUCAAACAACUUGUUGUUUAUGUAGAUGAAAAUUUUUGCCGAUGUUUGUUAAAAAAAUCUCUGUACAAAAUAUUUACAAAACCCAAUGGUGCUUCAGUUAUGUGAAAUGUUACACUGUAAAGACUUAACAAAAGAGAACAAGAUUUGCAAGGUGAGGUGGAAAAAGACAGUGGAGCUAUUGUCACAGUGACAGCAAUCUGGAGGGAGAGAGAGAGGUGUGAGGUAGGGAGAAGAAUGCACAGGAUGGAAGACCUAGUCUGGUAAUUGGGGAAGCCCUUACCUUAGGGGAAUUUGAGCCACAAGACAGAGAGGUGGCUUCAGCUGUAUAAUUAGUCGAGGCCUGGAGGGGUGCUCUCACAACUAAAGGGAAGGAGAUGUAAUCUCAGAUGUUGGACAUAGGCAAGAGUCUUACGCUGGCAGAGGAGGAGAAGAAACGAGGAUUGGGGAGCUGGAGCAGGGCUCCACUGUCUGGGGGGAGGUUCCACUGCUGGGCCCCUCAGGGAUGAGGGAUCCUUCACUCUCUGCCACGGGCGACCCGCUGUCACUCUCGCACCCCGAGUCCCUCUCCUGCCGGCUCUUCUUUUGUAGAGGAGGCCGCGUCAGGGAUAUCGUCUCUCCCUCUGUCUCCUCCCUCGACCUCUUGAAUGGUAACCUCUCCUCUACCCUUUGCUGCGAUUCUUCUUCCCUCUCAGGCCUCGUCUUGGCUUUGCUGUCUUGACACCGAAGAAGAGACUGGAGCGCUCUAUCCUCAGUACCUUCCUGAGUCAGGAAUGCAAUUACCACGGAGAUGUUGUCUGCAAACAUUCCCUUCUUGCGCCAUCGGUAGAGAGCUUCGUCGAUGAGAGCACGAACCACGUCACGAGACGCGCUGACUUUUUCGUCCUUCUCGUCAGCAGGUGUCGUCUUGUACUCCCAGAUGAAGUUGACGGCGUCCUGGGGACUCAUGACAUUCCACAACCCAUCAGAUGCUAGGACGAGGAAUUUCUGGCAGGUUGGGUCGAGAGGAUGUAUGUCGACAUCCGGAUGUGGGGAGACGACGAACUUCUGCGUUCGCUCGCACCAGGACCAGAAGUCGCCGAGAGAUCGAGACACACUCAGGAAUGGGAUGAGGUCCACUGUAGGUGGCUUGUCUGGGUCGUCACUCGUUUUCUUUCGCUCCCACACCACCCUUGGCACCCCUUUUCUGCUGAUCUUCACCUGUCCACCUAGGCUUUCUACUCUCUUUGUCUCCACUGGGUCCUCUGGCUUGUGGUCUUUACUCAACAUGGUGGCAAUCACGGGAGGUUGCCCCUCUUCUCCAGCUCUUUGAUUGACUGUGGCUAGAACUGCACCCGAGUCACCGACGUUGGCAACGUAGAAGUGGUCUUGGCGGAAUAUGACGGUACAGGCGGUGGUCCCCGCGGUGCUCUGGUCGCCCAGUUUAUUCGGUUUCCACCUCGGUCUCAUGGGUUCCAUCUCCCUGUGCAGGCCCAAAUAAGCGUCUUUGAUCGCCUCCGCCACCUUCUGUCUGUCUGUGGUGCGGAACUUGCUCUGCUCCUGGAUCAAGUCCCACAGCCGCUCGCGGGCGUACAGGGCCGCCUCUUUCCCGCCAUGACCGUCGAAGACACCUACGAAGGCUUGCUCCUUCAGUCCGGGCGUGUUCCGUAGAGCCUCGUUGCUUGGCGCCAGGCGGACGUCCAGGUAAUCUUCCAUGUGGCGUCUCUUUCCCGCGUCCGUCUCGGCCGUAACGCUGAUCGUAACUCCUUUGCCAGACGGCAUCUUCCACCGACACCAGCUCGUUUGUUGGGUGAGUCCGAAAGCGGUGAACGUUUUCAAAUGUCUUCCCCCCGGCAACGAGUGGGAAAAAAGAAAGCCAACCACGCCGCCCAAACUCGAGCGGACUUUUAUACGGCGACGAAAUUACA